AUGACGAGCGUGCAUGCAGCCCCGCGCCUCAGCCUCCGCUUGGCCCCGUGCGAGUCCCGUGGCAGGCUGCUUCCGCCGUGGAGGCUCGUCCUCUCCCCUUCCUCCUGCAGGCUUUACACUCUCAUCUCCAGACAACUUCCCAUUUGCAAUGCACAAUCAUAUGCUGAUGAUUUACUGGUAGCUAGUGCGCAAAGCACCACGACUGCUCGCUCAAGGUUGAUUGCUGCAGAAAGGGAGGAAGCGAAAGCUGUGCUAUCUCUGUUCUUAAGGCAGAAAGGUUUGAGAAGUGCGGUAGCUGCACGGAUCGCCAACAAAUCAGAUGGAUUUGUUGAGCACCUCAUCUCAAAGCUCCAGAUUGCUUACAGAUCUCGAUACGCUGAAGGAAGGGAGCUGAGUACACCUGAGAUCAGAGAUGCUCUCCUUCCAUAUCUAGAAGCUCUUUCGAAAGAGCAUGGAGAUAGCUUGGUCGAGGUGGUGGAGAACUUCCCUGAUCCUUUUGCCGCAGAAAGGGAAUCCUUGUCUUACUCAAUGAUACUUACACCAACGAGCUCAAAUAAGCAGAAGGCGGUUGCUCGAGUAAGCACACCAACCUCAGAGGGAGCCCUCCCUGAGCUAGUGCUCUACUUAUUGGACUUGGGCAUGGAUCACGAAGAAAUAAAGAAUGUCGUGCGCAAGUUCCCAGCAUUCGCAUAUUACAAUGUGGAUCGCAAGAUAAAGCCCCUGGUGGAGCUACUGCUUGAACUUGGUGUGCAGAGGUCAAGCAUACCCGGAAUCAUCAGGAAGAGGCCUCAGCUAUGUGGAAUCAGUUUGACAGAUAAUCUGAAACCUAUGAUGUCCUAUAUGGAGAAUAUUGGUGUCAACCAGGCUCAGUGGAGCAAGGUGAUUUGCCGGUUCCCUGCAUUUCUCACAUAUAGCAGGGCGAAGGUGGAGAUAACCGUGAGCUACCUUACAGAACUAGGAGUUUCUAAGGAGAACAUUGGCAAGAUCCUGACACGAUGUCCUCAUCUCAUGAGCUAUAGUGUCAACGACAACCUCAGACCAACUGCUGAAUACUUCCGGUCGAUCGGGGCAGAUGCUGCAUCUCUUAUUCAGAAAUGCCCCCAGGCUUUUGGUCUGAACGUAGAGUCGAAGCUGAAACCAAUCACACAGUUUUUCCUGGACAGGGAGUUCAGCAUCGAAGAAAUUGGCAUUAUGGUAAAUAGAUUUGGGAUUAUCCACACACUCAGCUUGCAAGAGAAUUUGCUUCCCAAAUACGAGUAUUUCCUGACAUUGGGGUACCCAAGGAAUGAGCUUGUGAAAUUCCCGCAGUACUUUGGGUACAGCUUAGAGCUGCGGAUAAAACCUCGGUAUGCUCGGAUGACUGGUUGCGGGGUGAGGUUGAUUCUGAACCAGAUGUUGUCAAUCUCAGAUACCAGGUUUGAGGAAAUUCUACAAAAGAAGUCAGGCGGAUUUUGAGAUGAUCAUAAUUUAAGAUAAGUACGAAGUUGGACCAAGUUUGCUUCAAAACAACCGGUUGGUAGCCUGGUGCAUCAAUGAAAUUGACAUGGAAGGAGAUGGAUAUGUACUUCGCCAUGCACUCUGUAGUUGGAUGACGGUUGAUGGAUGGUGCAGCAUUUAAAAAAUGAGCAAUUUUGAUAUAUAACUACUGGUGGCUAGGUAGCUAGUUUAGGUCAUUUCAGUUUUUCUUUUCCGUCAGGGUAGGUAUUAUUUGUUAGCAAUACCAAAUGUUGUUGUUACCAUUUGGUACAGUUCUUGUUGCCCGCUUAUGUUCUUACUGAUUUACAUUUUAUGAACUAGACUUUGUUGCAUCA